AUGAACACCUCCUCCCCACCGCCCGCGCGCACGAGUCCCAAUAGCCCCAUCGGCCGCGACGUCGUCACGGUCGGCACCGCCGGCAAAGUCGGCGACGGCGUCAACGCGUUCUUUGUCUACAAAGUCACGUCGUCGGCCGACGUCGUCGUCGAGCGCCGGUACUCGGACUUUCUGUGGCUCCACCAGCAGCUCGCGACGCACUGCGCGGGGUACGUGAUCCCUCCCCUGCCGGCAAAGGUCGUGGGGCUGUUGCAAGGCCCCGAGUUCCUCGAACACCGCCGCGCGGGCCUCGAGGGCUUUGUGCAAAAGGUCGUGGCCCACGACGCGCUCUCCCACGCCACGUGCGUGCGCAGCUUCCUCACGUGCUCGAGCGUCGAGCUCUCGGCGCUCAAGAACGCGUCUUCUGCGCCUGCUGGGGCGGCCUCGACGCUCUCGUCCGUCGUGCAGCGCACGCAGUCGCUGCAGCACUGGUGGGACAAGACGUGCCAGCGCUUCGUGGAGACUGACCCGCUCGGGCUCUUUCGCGCGCCCGUGGACGGCGACGGCAACGACCGUCCGUCGACUCCUCCCCACCAAUCCAUCGCCGACAAUGGCAGUAGUAGCAGCAGCAGCAGCCCAGCGGCCACCGCGACGAGUAGCAGCAGUGGAAAGGACGACCGCGAGUUUGCAAUUGCGCGCACGUACGUGACAAAGCUGCGGGCGCAGAUGCAGUCGCUCAAGCGCAAAGUGCGCGCCGCGAGUCAGCAGAACCAGUUGGCCGCCGGCGCGCACUGCGACCUCAUCGAGUGCCUCCACUUGGUGGCCGACGCCGACGCCGAACACGCCGAGCUGCCGACGGCGUACUACAGUGCGCUGAUCGCUGUGCUCGACACGCGCGCGCGGCAGAUGGACGCCGAGCUGCGGGCGUUCGCCGUCACGGUCGACGACAUGGCGCGCUGGGUGAAAGCCGUGCAGAACGCGCUCGACGUGCGGGAAGACCGGCGGUUUGUGUACCAGGCGCAGCUGGCGGCGCACCGGAAGGCCGUGGCGGGCGACGGCGUCGACUCGCCGUCCGCCACGCGCCUGAGCGAAGCGCUCGUGGCGGCCAAAGACGAGUUCGAGCGCGUGCACGCGCGCGUGAUGCACGAAGUCGCGCGUUUUCGCGGCCAAAAGGCCAUUGAGCUCCAGAAACUGUUUCUCGAGUUUGCGCACGUGCAGCUGCGCAACUCGAGAGAGUUCGAGGCGGUCGUGGCGCAGAGCGCUGUGGAGCUCGCGCACCCGCUGCCGGAGAAGCUGUUGCUGGCCGCGCAGACGCCGGCGGCGUACCAGUCGCGCAACUCGUUUGGCCUCGACAAGGACGACGUGGCGCAGUCGACGGCCUCGACGCAGUCUCUGUCGGGCAGCAGCAGCGCAGCGACGACGGCGGCGGCAAAGCCUCUGGUCGAGCGCUCGCAUGUCUACGUGCAGAUUUAA